AUGAGUGAUGAGCAGCGUCCCCAUACUGCACUUAAAGGAGCUAAGGUUACUGGUGAUAUACAGGAGUUGAUGUCAUUUACGGAUGCCAAUAAAACAAUUGGAGGAUACAUUGAAGACCAACCACCGACAGGAAUUGUACACGCGGAAAGAGAAAAACUGCCCAGGUUCUCAUCCACGAUUCAAGCGAACAAGACAUCAGACGAGGACGUAAACCUGGUGACAGAGCAUGACGAUAACAGCAAAGUUGAUGAAUACAACAACGAUGACACGGAUGACGACGACUUUUUUUAUGGAGAUUAUAUAUCUGCCAACAGGAUCACCAAUAAUACCAAGACCCAAACACCAGUAGUGGUUCAGAAUGUAAUUGAUUCGAAGAACUCUCUCACGAUCCUAAAAAGCGAAGAAAGGUCGCCGUCCACGCGAAAGCCGGAAGUAGAAAUUGAGAUAAUAAGUGAUUCAUCUAAGAGUGAUGAAUCUGAGAAUGAAUACCACAAGGAAGUUAGCCCACACAGAGAUAACUCGAAGCGUAAACUUAGCGGCUCUGAGACGUCUUUGAGUGACUCCCCACGCAAGGAGCCGGAAACAACUCGAAUUUCGCGUGCAAAACGCAAGCACAUAUCUACCGAUUCUAUUAAGCAACAGAAGACAAGACGCGCAGCUGACCUUGAAGAUGACGAGGACGAGCAGUUUUUCAAAGAGCUCGCCAGGGAAUCGGGGAGAACUACAAGCACAACAAAGGAAUGCUCUCCUCCAGAAGUUGAUCGAGUUUUCAAUAUUAAAUUCGUCUCCAAGAUCGAUGGAAGUGAUGAUAAAAAGGUAAAUGCUAAGGUAAAGGGCACACAUUCGUUCGCACAAAUUCUCCCGAUGGCCCUGGGACUUAUAAUGAAGGAAUACAACGUUUCCAAGGGACUUCGAUCACACUACGAAGCUGACGCCGUUUCAGUCUAUCGGAAGGGCGUCAAAAUCCUAAACUUUAUGACCUGCAAUUCACUGCGGGUUCCAAUACAAGGCGAGAAAGAAGUAUGUGACGUUUCGCUCUUUUUAGUACCAAAAGAUCAAGAAAAGGAACACGAGUCCACAUAUGAGAAAAGUAGACACGAAGAUGAAGUUCUAUCUGGAUUAAUUGAGACAGAUGCGUCCAUUAGAGAUUUUGAAGAUCCAAAUAUCGAAGAAUAUGAGAAAGACCUGCGAAAAUCUGCUUCAGAGAGUGUGGAGAUUAUCGACGAUGAGUCUCAAAGUGACGAACCAGGAGAGACUGUCAAAAUUGCUUUAAUGGCUAAGGAUAACGAUAAAAUAUACGUGAACGCUCAUGGCGAUACGACUUUCGCCAUGCUUGCCCAAUAUUAUGGAGAGCGCAAGGGCCUUUCAGCAAAAACUAACGUGACUUUUAUCUUUGACAAUGAGAAACUUGACUCAGCGCAUAAAGUCGAAAACGUGGAUCUGGAAGACGGCGAUAUUAUCGAAGUGCUACUAGAUUAA